GCUGACGCGCGGCUGCUGCUGUUGCUGUGAAGCGCAGGGAUGCGAGACACGCGCCGUAUACGCGAAGAGAGAAGAGACAGACAGGUCUCCUGACAACAUUACAAAAAACAGGACACCUCCUCUCUGACCUGAUUCACCGCCUGUGAAGAAGAGGAGGCGAGUAGCUGGUACUAUGUGGCCGCGAUGUGGGUGCGUGCUUGCGGCUCUGAGCGCACGACGAUGUAAAAAGGCAGCGCGUGCGGAUUCUGCGGCAGCUGUGAUAGGAUAACCGGGAUUGGAAAACUCAGCGAGGCAUGGAAAACCACACUGAUCACUGAGCAAAUAAUCAACCUGACAAUCAUUUGCAGACGUAUUCAUUGUGUGCGCCUCCAAGCGUUCCGUUCUUCGAUCGAUUACCACAGUGGAAGAGACACACAGAGCAUUUGAAUGCGAAUUUACACUCAAGGGGUGCUCACGGUGCAAGUGAUUCCGUAGUUUCUACACUAAUCAGUUCAAGCUUCUGGAAAUACCUUACAGUCAGGAACUGAGCUAUAUCUGCUCUGAAUGAAGUCUGUGUGCUGCUGGUUUAGAAAGUUGUCACGAUAACAUCAGCCUGACUCCGCUCUGACUGCGGCAGGUGGGAGCCCAGGGGUCAGUCUGUGAGUGAGGCCUGAGUAAGGAGUGAAUCAGCGCUGCUUUUGAUAGACGGACAGCUUGGUGGGAAACAAGGCCUCAGGAGAGCGAGAGUCUGAUAACAGGAGUGAAAGCGUCGCCACAGCAAUAUCAUCUUUCAGUCUUCACUGCCACUCGUCUUUCACAACAUGGCCUCUGCGGUAGCACCGUUCUCCUCUGUCGCUGCCUCUUUGGGGAUGUAGAAAGACACGGGACACACGGACACAUUCCUGCAUACUGCUACAGAGGAAACCUGGGGAAGUGUCUUCAGACUUUAAAGUCCCUAACAGAUGGACAAACUGUGUUAAGCGUCAGUACUGUCAUCAUUACAACUACUGUUUCCUGGUUUGGGAAUCGUUUUAGUGUUUCAAAGGGACUCGUAGGACAAUGGAAGUUAUAGGAAGGUGCUGUCUCUGAUUUUAUAUGUUCCUGUGUAACAUCAAAGGCCAAUGCGUGUGGCUCGAGAGCCCAUCAUGGCCAGACCGCUGCUGAAGAUCCACCGCUAUUUCCGGUGUAAACCGGUACGCUUUUUCUCUUUCAUCCUCCUCUACCUCACUGCUGGCAGUCUUGUUUUCCUCCACUCCGGCUUCUCCAGCAACACUUCCACCACUGGAGCUUCUAGAAGCGUCCGUGACCCACUUAUAUCUGAAGGUGGGGGCGGCACAGGUGGUGGGAGCUCUACCUCUGAUGGUCUCGGGCUCCUAGGAAGGGUAUUUAAGGAGACAUGGAGAGCCCCCCGGAGAUUUGGACCCCCGUGGAUGAAGAAAAAUAGGGCACAGGAUGUACCGGAGUGGGCCGGAAGAGGAGUUGAUCAUACCAGCAGCUGGAGCCAUGGAGCCAAAGGAAAAACCACCAAAGGGAUGGAUGAUGGGAGAGAGCAAACGGUUCAUGCAGAGACCUCAUCAUCAAAGUACAUCGGCUGUUAUGUUGAUGACACACAGAAACGGGCUCUUAGAGGGGUUUCCUUUUUUGACUACAAAAAAAUGACUGUCUUCCGUUGCCAGGACAACUGCGCUGAGAGGGGUUAUCUCUAUGCGGGUCUGGAGUUUGGAGCCGAGUGCUACUGUGGCCAUAAGAUCCAGGCACCCAACGUGUCAGAGAGUGAAUGUAAUAUGGAGUGUAAAGGGGAGAAGAGUAACCUCUGUGGAGGACCUAAACGACUGUCCAUAUAUAGACUGGAGCUGAGCCAGGAGUCGGCCCGCAGAUAUGGGAGUGCCAUCUUCAAGGGAUGUUUUAAGAGGCCAGACAACGUGACCCUGGCGCUUCCUGCUAGUGCCGUUAUUAAAAACAUGUCAGUGGACAAGUGUGUUGACAUGUGCACAGAGAAAGAAUUCUCUCUGGCAGCCUUGGCUGGUGAAAAAUGUCACUGUGGCUUUCCUACUCCUCUCUUCACCCUGCAUGACCAUGAGGAUGAGGAGCUGUGUCUCCAGCGCUGUGCAGGAGAAGACUUCGAGAACUGUGGAAACAAUGACUUCUUUGUAGUGUACCAGACCCAAGUGCAAGAUAAUCGUUGUUUGGACCGGCGCUUUUUGCCCUCUCGAUCCAAGCACUCAGUGGCACUAGCUAGUUUCCCAGGCGCAGGGAAUACAUGGGCCCGUCACCUUAUUGAACUGGCUACGGGUUACUACUCUGGGAGCUACUACUUUGAUGGCUCACUGUACAACAAAGGUUUUAAAGGGGAGAGAGAUCACUGGCGCAGUGGUAGAACCAUAUGUAUCAAGACCCAUGAGAGCGGCAGGAAGGAGAUUGAGGCCUUUGACGCCAGCAUUCUCAUGAUCCGGAACCCUUAUAAAGCCCUCAUGGCAGAAUUUAACCGAAAGUAUGGUGGCCAUAUUGGAUUUGCCUCUCAAGCUCAUUGGAGGGGGACAGAGUGGCCAGAGUUUGUGAAGAACUAUGCUCCAUGGUGGGCAUCCCACACACUAGACUGGCUGAAAUAUGGGAAGAAAGUUCAAGUGGUACACUUUGAGGAUUUAAAACGGGACCUUUUCUCUCAGUUAAAAGGCAUGAUCAUCUUUCUGGGUCUGGAAGUCUCAGAGGACCGCCUGCUGUGUGUGGAAGCACAGAAAGAUGGGAACUUCAAACGCUCUGGGCUGAGGAAGCUUGAAUAUGACCCUUAUACGGCAGAGAUGCGUGCCACAAUUGGCGGGCUAAUUAGGACUGUGGACACAGCACUCAGAAAGAGAAACCUGUCUGGUGUACCUGAGGAGUACAGGCCCAGAUGAUACUCCUCUCUUCACUUAUGCUUUUUUUUUUCUUCACAACACAU